GUUCACAAUAGCACUUUAAUUUUUACUGAUGGUUGGUGACGUGCAGUUUUUUGUGUGCUUCAUUUAUUUUUGUGUGACAACUUUUAAAAGGAUAUUUCGAGAUGAGUGCCUUAUUAGACGAGUGCCAAUUACCAAGAAAAUGGACAAAAAGGGCUUUAUCGGUUUCUGAAAAAGAAACUAUUAUAAAUAUUUAUAUAGCUUCUCGGGACCACUAUCCCAAUGAAACUCAGACAGACCUUGUAGCCUUUGCUUCAAGGGCAUCAGGAGCAUCAAGUAGCAGUGUAUAUAAAAUUUUGGCAGAGUACAAAAGAAGUAACAGUCUUUCUCCUCCCAAAGGUUACCUUAGAGCCAGAGUAGUUUUGGACGUAUCACAAGAAACUAAGGCAUUAUUCCGAGGAAAAAUCCACGAAUUUUUCUUCCGAAAUGAUCCACCUACAUUCGACAACAUUUCGUUAUCAAUAAACGAAGACGACGACUUGCCAAACUUCAAAAGAUAGACGUUGGCUACAUUGAUGAAGGAACUUAAUUUUCGGAAGGAAGCAAAAUAGCAUCUUAAAAGACGAGAUAAUAUGGUGGAGACGUAGAUACUUACGCGAAAUCUAUAAGUAUAGAGAAGAAGGCAGGAAGAUAUACUACCUAGACAAGACUUGGCUCAAUGCAGGGCACACUGUUAGCAAAGUAUGGGUGGAUUCAUCAGUUGAGCAUCCACGGCAAGCCUUCCUGGAAGGUCUCUCAACGUACCUCUUAAGUAAUGUGUGGCAUUUGGGCAGUUUUUGGAUCAACAUCUAAUUUGCACUCACAAUGUUCCAAAACAUUUUGCAAAAUAUCACAUAGAGGCCCAGAUGCAUGGAGAUUGGAAUAUGAUCAGAGGGUGAAAAACUGUUGCAUUGGAUUUCACAGGUUAACAAUUGUCGACACUACUUAUGGAAUGCAGCCUAUGAAACUUCAUAAAUUCCCUUAUUCUAUGUUGAUAUGCAAUGGAGAAUUGUAUAACUGUAAAAAGUUGGGUCAACAGUAUGGAUUUGAUUACGAAACCUACAACGACGUAGAAUGUAUCUUGCACUUGUAUCACAAAUUUGGAAUAGAGGAAUGCGUUAAAAAUCUGGAUGGAGUAUUCGGAUUCUGCAUAAUCGAUAUCGGCAAACAAAAAGUCUUCCUGGGUAGAGAUCCAUUUGGUGUCCGACCUUUAUUCACAGUAUUGAACGAGGCUGGUGUACUUGGCAUCUGUUCGGAAGCUAAAGGAUUGAUUGAAAUUGAAUAUGAUUUGAAAGGAGAUAGAAAAAAACUGGAGCCCUUUGCACCAGGAACUUUUGAAGAGUACGAUCUUUUGGAAAACGGAACAGUCAAACUAGUGCAAAGUAAACGAUAUUUCUCGCCUGGCGAUAGACCUGCAUUUGAGCCAUUUAUACUCUACGAAGACUUGAAACCAAACGACCAUACUGGCAAUAUUAGGAAACUUCUCAUAUCAGCUGUUCGAAAGAGGCUUAUGUCCGAUAGAAGGAUUGGCUGUCUUCUUUCUGGUGGUCUCGAUUCGUCACUUGUCGCUGCAUUGCUGGUCAAAGAAGCUAAGGCCGCUAAUGUGCCUUACAAGAUUCAGUCAUUUGCUAUUGGAAUGGGCGAUAGUCCGGACCUUAAGGCAGCAAGAUUGGUUGCGAAACAUAUAGGCACGGAGCAUCACGAGAUAAAGUUCACAGAGGAAGAUGUAGCCAGGGUUUUGGACGAUGUGAUUUACUACCUGGAAACACCCGAUAUAACCACAAUCAGAGCUUCGAUUGCCAUGUAUUUGAUUUCUGCGUAUAUUUUGGAAAACACUGACACCACAGUUAUAUUUAGCGGCGAAGGGGCCGAUGAAGUUGCGCAAGGAUAUAUUUACUUCAGAGAUGCUCCAAAUGCUGAUGCUGCCCAUGAAGAUAGUUUGAGACUGUUGAAAGAAAUUUAUAUGUUUGAUGGUUUGAGAGCAGAUAGGACUACCGCCGCAAAAAGCUUAGAACUUCGAGUCCCUUUCCUUGAUCUACAAUUCACAAACUACUAUUUGAACAUUGAACCAGAGUUGAAACAACCAAAGGAUACGGUCGAAAAGUAUCUUUUGAGGUCUGCUUUCGAGGGAACAGAUCUUCUCCCCGAUGAAAUUCUUUGGAGACAUAAAGAAGCCUUCAGCGAUGGUGUGGCAUCAAAGAAAAAGUCCCUUUUCAACAUCCUCCAAGAAAUCGUAGAGAAACGGAAGCCAGAACCGUUUGAUCAAGAAACGGUAUCUAAGAAGUACCCUCACUGCACGCCAAAAACCAAAGAAUCGUUAUAUUACAGAGAAGUAUUUGAAAAGACGUUUCCUGACGUGGCCGAAAAUUUCCUGCCCCAUUUUUGGAUGCCGAGAUGGGUAGAAGGCGUCACAGAUCCAUCAGCUAGGUUUAUCAAGCAUUAUGCUGCUGAUAAAUAA